GAAGACGCGCCGGGCGAAACUGGGUUGUCCUCCGGCCCGGCAGUGGAACAGACGCAUCCGAUACGCGAACAACACUCUCUCGACGUCGCGGCACACACCGCACAACGCACACGACGCGCGACGACGAUCACAAUAAUAUUAAAAUAGUGAUAGGCAGUAAUCGCGAAUAAUAUCGAUCGUCGCCAGACCGUUAGAAUAUCGGACCGCUCAGUGAUCGUGUAAACCUCAUGGGUUUAAAUACUUCGUUCGUGUGAAUUGUAUACGGAAUAAUAAAAUUAUUAUAUUUAUUAUUUCGCCGUCGGUCUUGUCGUUGUACGGUUUUCGUGCGAUUUCGUUUGUUUGUUCGUUCGUUCGUUUUCUCAUCGUCACAUCUGUCGUUUUUCCGUUUUUGCCGAUCGAUCGGCGAACAAAAAAAAACGUUUGGUGUUUUCGUGCCGUCCACUGCGACAUGGCCACGCGGAUGCUAAUAUUAAAUAUUCGUUACGUGACGGCCGUUUAAGCUUUUGAAGUGUCCAAGUGUGUUCCGCGUGAGGAUAACAACGACGCCGCCGCUGAAUCUGCUGCCCCGCCGACACUCGACCGAUAAUCGGAUAAACGCAGAUAUUUCGAAUUUUUAUUCCUGCUCCUCGGAGGUUGCUGCGAAGACACAGCCUCAGACCACGGCGGUCUGUAGAUGAUCUACUAAUCAGACGGCGUGGCCAAAGUGAUGAGCGUGGUGGACACGUCUCCUCCGGCGUGGUACACCUACUACCCACGACCCGUGGUCCCAUCAGUAGCGCAUCCGCGCGACCCGUCCAGCAUGCGCGAGAAGCACUCGAGCCCGCGCAAGAUGGUCACCGCGCCCGCAGUGGUGCCGUGCGUGUCGCCCAAACAGGGCUCCGUGUACCCGGCUCACCACCAUCACCAUCAUCACCGCCGGCACCACGACCAGCCGGACCAUCGUCAUCACCGCGACGACGACGGCUCAGCCGCGGACAAUGACGACGACGAGGAUGACGAGGACAUGAUGCCGUUCGACUUGUCACGCAACGGUGGCAGCUCACCGUCAUCGUCUCCACGGUCGCCGCUCCGGUCGCACCGCAUGUCACCUGCCGCGUUCAAACCGUACGACGGCAGUGGUGCCGGCGUCAACAACGACCAACCACUCGACCUGCGAGUCGACUACAAAAAGUCACGUCGCGGCGACGAAAUGGAAGACGAGAACCAGAACCUGAUCAUCAGGACGCCGUCCCCGGAGGACAUCGAAGUCGACAGUCCCGGACCACCGUCCGCUGACCUUCAACGAUACGCGUCUCACCGAGCCGACCACAGCGACCGCAGCGCCGUAGUGCACAGCCCCUGUUCGUCGUCUGAUAAGGAAGUGAACGUGACCGACGACCACCAUCAUCACCACCACCACUUCCAACCAUCUCAACACCACCAGAACCAGAACCAGCUGCAGCAGCAUCAACAGCAACAGCACCAACAGCAGCAGCAGCAACAACAGCAGCAGCAACAACAACAACAACAACAACAGCAGCAACAUCACCGCCGUGGUGGCAUAACCGUCGAAGACGAACGGCAUCACCACCAGCGUAUGGUCAACUAUCCGGUGCUGUUCCCGCCGCAGCCGCUUCAUCCCAUGAUGUUGGAGGCCAUAUACAGGGCGGGCGCUGUGGGCGACAAGUCCCGGAUGCCUUCGUCGCUGGCCGGUUACCAGACAGGUAGCGGUUACCACAGAUCGUCGCAGCAUUAUCCGUUCAUCAACUCGCCACUGCUCAACGGGCACCACCACUUGCCGCCGCCAACCUACGACGUUGUCAGACAGCCUCCGCCACCUCCACUACCGCCACCUGUGGCCAGAUCACCGCAGCAGAAGCCGUCAGCGUUCCAGGAGACGUCUGGAAAACCGAAAGACAGGUACUCGUGCAAGUUUUGCCAGAAAGUGUUCCCGCGCAGUGCCAACCUCACCAGGCAUUUGCGAACGCACACGGGCGAGCAGCCGUACAAAUGUAACUACUGCGAGCGGUCGUUCAGCAUAUCGUCCAACUUGCAGCGACACGUGCGCAACAUUCACAACAAGGAGAAGCCGUUCAAGUGUCCGCUGUGUGAGCGGUGCUUCGGACAGCAGACCAACCUGGACCGGCACCUCAAGAAGCACGAGGCCGACGGGCCGACCAUAAUGGACGACCGGCUGUCCUCGUCCGCGGCCGUGGUGGCCGCAGCGGCCGCAGCGGUCGCGGCCGAUCGGAGGCGCCCGUCCCGGGGCCCCGGCGCCGGCGACGAGUCCUACUUCGAAGAGAUCCGAUCGUUCAUGGGCAAGGUGAGCGAGGACGGCAGCAGGUUCGCCGCAGCGGCCGCAGCAGCAGCGGCGGCCGCGGCCAUCGGCCACCGUCGGGGCGGACACGCGCAUCCGGCCGGCGGGAGGCGACAGUCGACGACGUCCGCUUCGUGCCCGUACCGCCGCGGCUCGGCGGGCGACGCACCGCCGGCCGAAAGGUUCUCGUCCCGGUCUUCCGCCUCGUCGGCUGGUUCCAUGGAAUCGUCUUCGGGCGCGGCCGACGCGUCCGCCACCGCCGCAGCCGCCGCGGCCGCCGAAAAGGAGUGCGUCAACAGCACCUGACCCUCCGCCUUUGCGGACACUGUCGCGACGGCUUCCAAUCGCGAUCGUCGCGCUGAUACCACAUACGCGGUUACCGGCACCGACCGUCGACGACGCGGUUGAUACCGACGGCUACGACGACGACAUGAUGUGCAGCACCCCAUUAAGUGCGGCGGACGCAUCUCCGUGGGUGCGUAAACAGCCCAGCGAAGAUAAUUUUUUUUUCUACCUACGUUAUAAUAUCGUAUCGUUCCAUUUUAUCACUACGCAAUUUUCGACGAGGUAACGAAUAACAUAUAUAAUACGAAUAACAUGAUUUUUAAUACAAUAUUUUAGUAAUUUUAGUGGUACAUGUACAUAGUUUUUAGUCGAGGAUUGUAUUAUUAUUAUUAUUUUUAUAUAUAUAUAAAGUUUAUCAUAUUGUUAUUGUCGCGUGUAAGUAUUUUAUGUCGUAGAAUCUACACAGGUUAUUAAGAUUUACAUAUAUUAUUAUAUUUUUGUAAACUCGCUCCCCCCCGCAAUCGACUGCGAUCGUUCUGUGAUAAUAACAGGUAUAUCGUCGCGAUUAGCUCCUCGCAUUGGAUAGGCAUGUAAUGUGUCAACUGCGACCGUUUUACCAGCUUUUGACAAUAUUAUCAGCGGUACGUAUACCUAACAUGCCGAAUCCAUUUUAAUAUUAUAACAAUACGUAUAAUAUGUUAUUCUCGUUUGACUAUAUUAUGUUAUAUUUUAAGUUUCGAUUUUGACCCACCGCGAUCCUCACACUUUUGUUUCGAUCGUAACAGAAUUUACUAAAAGACUUAAAUCCAUUAUAAUAAUAUUAACUUAAAAACUCGUAUAGGAAUUUUUAUAAUUGUAUAAACGCAGUGUAGCACACCGGCGGACAUGAUGAUAUAUUACGUAUAGGUUCGAUCGGCGUGUCCCAUCGAGACACGUUUCAUCAAUCGUUCCAUUACGGAAAAUCGGCGACAGAAAAGUCUUUUCGCUUACUCAGCAGCGUUUGAUAAAUACGACGACGCUCGCCACACGACGACAUGCGCCUUGAGGUUAAAAUAUUUUUUUACUCGCUUUUCGCUCGCGAGAACAAUGAAAAGCUUCCGGACGCGGACGGCACAGGUGGGUCUGGUGAACUGGGAGCGGGGGCGAAAAGAGUAUCCCGAGAGAUAUCACGCUUUACAGACUUGGUGGUGCACUCGUGUCAAACGAAUCGGACGACGACGGCUGUGCAGGUAAAGAGGUAGGUAGGUAUAGUGUAUUAGAAAACGGUUUCUCUAUCGGCCAAUAGUGCAUUUCGCAUUACCAUAAUAUUUAAAACGCGUCGAGCAGGAUGCUCUAGAUUCAGCCGGUGUGUGUGUGUGUGUCUGUGUGUGCAGGACGAAAACCGGUCGAUGAAAUCGUUAUAUACGGUUUGUUUUUUUUCACUCGUAACACACGCUCGCACACACUCACGUAUCCACUUGUGUGCGCGUAUUAUUUUUUUUUUAACUUCCAGUUCGAUAAUAUACGGUUUUCUCGCUAACCGGUUCCCCUGUGCGGCCGCGGCCGCUUCGGAUGCUGCGCAGUGCGCGGACACGAAAAAGGAAAAAAAUUAUCAAUUAUUAUUGUAUAUCUUAUAUUUAUAUAUACGAUUAUGAUAUUGUGUAAGCGUGUGUUUUGGUUAUUAUUAUUAUUAUUUUGUUUGCUCUCAACGCCCGUGUUUACCGACGGGCGGUUAUAAAAUCUCGGUUAAUUUUCAACUGUAAAUAAUAAAAAAAAAAUAUUAUUUUAAUAAAUAGGUACACAUAGAGUGAACCUCAAAGUUCGUCUGUGCGUAUACAAUUAUGUACAUAAUAUAAUAAUAAUAAUAAAAUUAUGUUAAAUUUCUCGCUUUGGGGUGUUUCGGAGGUGUUUCUGUGCACGGAAUACGGUGAAAAACUACAAAAAUCCAAAAAAAAAAACUAUUGAGAAACGAUUUGCGUCCACCGCAAUGUUCUG